GCCGUCGGCAGACUUCCAUCGGGCAGUACCUUGUAUGCAUCUCGCGGCACAUCAACAACAACAGUCCAGACUGCACGUGGUUGUAUACGUCAAGUAUACCAUCGCGACCGCCCGGGAAGAAGUUCAACGGGAGACGGGUUCCUAAAACACGCAGGAGGAAAUCCUUGGUUGAUACAGCACAGUACCUAGUCUGGCCAAACAAACAACACUCCCGUCGCCGCGCACUCUGCUAGACCACAUCCACAGCGCCCUCAGCCCAACAACACCGCCAAAAUGGCUGCGCUCGGCGAGGAUCUGCUGGGAGUCGUCAACAAACUGCAGGAUCUGGUCUUCAACACCAUCGGAAACGAUUCGCUGGACCUGCCGCAGAUUGUUGUAGUGGGCUCGCAGUCCUCUGGCAAAUCAUCUGUCCUUGAGAACAUCGUCGGAAGAGACUUCCUGCCGCGGGGCAGCGGCAUUGUAACUCGGCGACCUCUCAUCCUCCAACUCAUCAACCUCCCGUCCGAGCGCAGCGACAAGCCCGACGACCAUGCAGUACACAUUCCACAUACUCCUGAAGCGGUGGCAGGACAGGAUGAAUGGGGCGAGUUCAACCAUAUGCCCGGCCGGAAGUUUCACGAUUUCCAGGACAUUAAGAGGGAGAUCGAAGCAGAGACAAACAGAAUUGCCGGCAGCAACAAGGGCAUCAACCGCCAGCCCAUCCACCUGAAAGUCUACUCACCUCACGUCCUGAGCUUGACACUGGUUGAUCUGCCAGGCUUGACCAAAGUGCCAAUUGGAGACCAGCCGACAGAUAUUGAGAAGCAGACGCGGAAUCUGAUCUCGGAAUACAUCGCAAAGCCAAACAGUAUUAUCUUGGCAGUGUCGCCAGCGAAUGUAGAUCUGGUGAACUCGGAAUCGCUGAAACUCGCACGUCAAGUAGAUCCCACGGGAAAGCGGACGAUCGGUAUCCUUACGAAGCUCGAUCUCAUGGACCAUGGCACGAACGCACUUGAUAUUCUCUCCGGGCGGGUCUAUCCGUUGAAAUUGGGAUUCAUUGGAGUCGUGAAUAGAUCGCAGCAGGAUAUUCAGACCAGCAAAUCCAUGUCAGAUGCUCUCUCGGGAGAACGAGAGUUCUUCCGCAUGCACCCAGCUUACCGCAACAUUGCUUCGAGAUGUGGCACACAGUAUCUGGCGAAGACUCUGAAUACCACGCUCAUGGGUCAUAUCCGGGAAAGGCUUCCUGAUAUCAAAGCUCGUCUCAACACUCUCAUGGGGCAGACGCAACAGGAGCUCUCUUCUUAUGGCACGGAUACUUUCACUGGCAAGGAGCAUAGAGGGUCGCUCAUUCUUCAAUUAAUGACGCGGUUCGCGACAUCGUUCACUUCCUCCAUCGACGGUACAUCAUCUGAGAUUAGCACCAAAGAGCUCUGUGGUGGUGCACGAAUCUACUAUAUCUUCAACUCUGUUUUCGGCAACAGCCUGGAUUCCAUCGAUCCCACUCAGAACCUCACGGCCCUUGACAUCCGGACAGCGAUUCGCAACUCUACUGGACCGCGACCUUCGUUGUUCGUUCCCGAACUUGCCUUUGAUCUAUUGGUGAAGCCCCAAAUAAAGCUCCUCGAGAUUCCUAGCCAAAGAUGCGUCGAGCUUGUGUACGAGGAACUCAUCAAGAUCUGCCAUACUUGCUACUCGAAUGAGCUCGCACGCUAUCCUAGAUUGCAAGGAAAACUCAUCGAAGUCGUUUCAGAUCUCUUGCGCGAACGUCUAGGGCCCACUUCUUCGUACGUCGAGAGCUUGAUUUCUAUACAGCGAGCUUACAUAAACACGAACCACCCCAAUUUCCUUGGAGCUGCAGCGGCAAUGAGCGGAGUCAUGCAAGACAAGCACGAGAAGGAAAAGAAGGCUGCGGCGGCAGAGGAAAAGAGAAAACGCGAAGAGAGGAGACGGAAAGAGCUUGCACAAAACGGGGUCAACGGAACCGAGACUCCUGAAGAGGAAGAAGAGGAACAAAAUCGCGUUCUGCCAAUGCGUUCGGCAGCAAAAGCCAAGGAGAGCAGAAGCAUGAGUCCCGCCGUGGGGCGAGAUGGGCAUCGACUUGGACACACGACGAACGCACCAAAUGGUGCCAGUGGAGGACGAGAUUCGUUCCUGAAUUACUUCUUCGGCAAGGAGAACGGACCAAGCCAAGGUGCACUUCCUGGACACAAUACUGCAGCCUUGCCAGGCAAUCGGCACGUCAGUCAAAAUAUCGAGCCCAGCAUAACUGCCAGCUUCAGGAGACAGGACCCGCGUGCUGUAACGCAGCCAGAGCCUGUCACAGAGGAGUAUGAACGGGAGGAAAAUGCUCUGGACGACCCUACAGGUCCAGCAUUGACAGAGCGCGAAUCACUCGAGACGGAGCUCAUUCGACGCCUCAUUAGCAACUACUUCAACAUCGUGCGCGAGACUAUUGCCGAUCAGGUACCGAAAGCUGUGAUGCACUUGCUUGUGAACUUCUCCAAGGAUGGCGUGCAGAACCGACUGGUGUCUGAGCUGUAUCGAGAAUCACUGUUCGAAGAGCUUCUAUACGAGGACGAUGGUGUACGAGAGGAACGAGAGAAGUGCGAGAAGCUGCUUGCGACAUACAAGGAAGCGAGCAAGAUCAUCGGCGAAGUGUUAUAGGAGCACACCCAACGCGGCCCCACCUGGUGUAUGGCCAAUCUGUAAGAUUGUGAUCUGGAUGGAUAUCAGCUGCACAGUUGCAGUGGUAGCGUCGGAGAUUCAGCUUUGACUGUGGCAGUCGUAAAGAAGCAACGCGAGCGAGACCGCGAGAGACGUCACUGUGUAUAGAUGUUUGACACUGUACACUACUAUACUACUCAUCACCAUUCUACCUCCUAGCUCAAAUAGCAGCUCAGUGCUACCC